UUAGAUUAACCAAUCCUCAACUAUUGGAAAUAUAAGAGUUUUAUAGGUAAAAAGAUAAGAAUCAUCAGAAGCACUUAAUUUACAGUCAUCCAAACUUCUAAAGAAGAAAGCCGAGGAUAUGGAUUCACAGCAUACACCUGGAAAGAUAAGUAUCUCUGAAAGGUUCAUCCUUUCGGGAACAAAGGCUGUUGAGAAUAGAGAUUACCCACACUACUGUCAUCUCUUAAGAAAAAUGAACAUGCCUUUUGUGAAAGGAGUUGAGGACAGACAUGACUAUGGCAGAAUUGAAAAGAAAUGCAUCCCUACUUUUCUUAAAUUUCACCCUUAUCCCCCUUCAGUUCUGCCAGACUAUCAUUUACACUAUCCUUAUCCCCCGCCGUAUGGCCCAGAUUAUCCAUUAUUCCCACUUCGGGAUGAUGUACCCUUAGGUGAUUCUUGUUCAGGAUUUUUGAGUCCUGGUGGUGAUGCUGAUUUAAAGCCUGGCAUUGGCAGAACCAUACCAAGCCUGGUGGAUUUCAGUGAUGUGAAACCUCAACAUAGAGUUCCCAGGCCAGACACAGGAUUUCAAACGACACUUAAAAGGCAAAAAAUAUUAUUAGAAGAACUAAAACAGGACAGAAGGUGGAAUUCCAGGGCAAUACCAGACAUUUCCAUCAGAGCAAGACUUGGAGGUUGGACAAGCCCACUGAAAGUUACUCCUUUACAACCUCAUCAUGAAGGAUGCUCAGUAAAUCACACAUAUACAUUUGAUGAGGAAGCAACAUGUACAGUGUCAGCUGAGGUUGGGUCCUCAUCUUCCGAGAUCAUUUGGAUUGUUGGCAGAAUUCAGUUCAUCGCAGCUGUAGGGCUCAUGCGAUUUGUUUCUUUAAGGACAGCUGAAGAGCAUCUGCUGCUGAUUUUGUCUCUUUUGAGGACUUACCUGUUUAGAGCUUAUGAAGUUGUUCCUUGGGACAAGAGGCUACCACCAAAACUCAGUCCAGAAGAAACAACAGUGGAAAAAGCUGCUGACCUCAUCUCACAGUGUUUUACACUGAAGAGAUACGAAAACAUGCCAGCAAUAACUCAGAUGGUUGGUGGACUCUGGGACAGAUUUCAAACAAGAUCUUUCUUGGCACCAGUCAAACCAGUUAAUUUUGUGAGUCCAAGUUCUAGAAGUAGAUACAUUCCUCUCUAUACUGGUUAUGUGCAGUCUACAAAUGCUGAUGACAUUGACAACCCCUAUGGAGACAUCACAUCUCUAGCCAACCCUCGGAGGUCUAAAAUUCUUUAUACAAACACAAGUCGCUCUGCAAAUAUUCCAGGAUACACUGGUAAGGUUCAUUUCACAGCCACCCACCCAGCAAAUUCUGAUGUUCCAUCAACAACCCCAUCGCUAGAUUCAGAAGUGCACCACAUCUUACGAAAAGAAAUGGAAGUUGACCUCUUCCGUCACCAGGCACCAUUGUCUCAAAUGGUCACAACUGUAAAACCCUACAACCCCUUCAAUAAGAAGGAAAAGGAAACCAUAGGCUACUGAAGGAGGCUGGCCCUCUGAGUAAGACUUCUAAACCUCAGCCUGGAGGAGGCACUGUGCGUGGUGUGAUGGGGAAAUAAAAGA